AUAAAUUAAAGGAAAGGGCUCUAUUGAUAGGCGUUUAGUGUAACGGGAGUCGGGACAAUACCUUUUCGGCGAAAGCAAUAAGUCUGUCUGGAUAUGAAAACAUAUUCUGAAAUAACCAUUCCUAUUUGAAACCUUCCGUUGUAUUGAGAACAAAUAAUUAUAUACGUUUUGCUAUAAGUUUGGCUGUUUUGUAUCGUUUCCUUAUUUUUCCAGCUCAUUCAAAAUGAGUAAAAAGUAACAUUGUAUCACUUGUACUGUUUACUACAUGAAUGAAGACAGUACUCGACGAUUUAGCGCUUGAAUAGGUGCAUUGACCAGCUCGCCAUUGUUUACCUGGUGUCGCGGAGGACCACUUCAAAACAGUGAAGUUGUCUUUUACCAAAAAGUAUUUUCUCCUGAACCGAUUUUUUUAGACCAAAAUACAACAUGGCAGAACACGAGAGUCUGGAGUUUGGAAAGGCUGACUUUGUUCUUCUGGACAACGUUUCUUUGGAGGAAUUCAUGGCUAACCUAAAGCUCAGGUUUGAGAAGGGCCGUAUCUACACCUACAUCGGCGAGGUGGUGGUGUCGGUUAACCCUUACCGCGCCAUGAACAUCUACGGUCGAGACACCAUAGAGCAGUACAAGGGCCGGGAGCUGUACGAGCGACCGCCACAUCUCUUUGCCAUCGCAGACGCAGCUUACAAAGCCAUGAAGAGGAGGAACAAGGACACCUGUAUCGUCAUCUCAGGGGAGAGUGGUGCCGGAAAGACAGAAGCUAGCAAAUACAUAAUGCAAUACAUUGCUGCUAUCACAAACCCCGGGCAAAGAGCUGAGGUCGAAAGGGUGAAAAACAUGCUGCUGAAAUCCAAUUGUGUCCUAGAGGCCUUCGGCAACGCCAAGACCAACCGCAACGACAACUCCAGCCGCUUCGGCAAGUACAUGGACAUAAACUUUGACUUCAAGGGAGAUCCCAUCGGGGGCCACAUCAACAACUACCUGCUGGAGAAGUCCAGAGUCAUCUUCCAGCAGGAGGGGGAGAGAAGUUUCCACUCAUUCUACCAGAUGGUUAAAGGGGGUCCUGAGUCUCUCUUGCGGUCCCUCCAUGUCUCAAAGGACCCCGCAGCCUACAACUACAUCAAAGUGGGAGGCCACGUCAAGUCGUCCAUUAACGAUGGUGCUGAUUUCAAAGCAGUGGCAGACGCCAUGAAGGUGAUCGGCUUCACAGCAGAUGAGCUCCAGACGGUUUACAAGGUCCUGGCCACUAUCCUGCACCUGGGCAACCUGACGUUUGGUGUGGACGGUGACACAACGCUGAUUGAGAAUUCCAAGGUGGUGGCGAUGAUCGGGGACCUGCUGGCCACUAAGGAGGAGAAUGUUGAGAAGGCCCUGCUCUACCGCACCGUGGCCACCGGCCGUGACGUCAUUGACAAGCAGCACACGGCCCAGGAGGCCAGCUACGGCCGGGACGCCUUGGCUAAGGCUAUGUAUGAAAGAAUGUUCUGUUGGAUCGUGGGAAGGAUCAAUGAUGUCAUCGAAGUAAAUAACUACGACGCCAAAGUCCACGGGAAGAACACGGUCAUCGGCGUGCUGGACAUCUACGGCUUUGAGAUCUUUCAGAACAACAGCUUUGAGCAGUUCUGUAUUAACUACUGUAAUGAGAAGCUGCAGCAGCUCUUCAUUCAGCUGGUGCUGAGGCAGGAACAGGAAGAGUACCAGCGCGAGGGAAUCCCCUGGAAACAUAUUGACUACUUCAACAACCAGAUCAUUGUGGACCUGGUGGAGCUGCAACACAAGGGCAUCUUCUCUGUGCUGGACGAGGCCUGUAUGAACGUGGGAAAAGUCACAGACAAGGUCUUCCUACAGGGACUCAACAGCAAGCUGACCAAUCACGCCCACUACACCAGCCGCAAGCUUUCACCGACAGACAAGAGUUUGGAGUUUGACAGAGAUUUCCGUAUCCGGCACUAUGCAGGGAAUGUUGUGUACUCUGUGGUUGGCUUCAUCGACAAGAACAAGGACACUCUCUUCCAGGACUUCAAAAGGCUACUGUACAACAGCUCCAACCCAGUGCUGAAGGUGAUGUGGCCAGAGGGCAAGCUGAGGAUCACUGAGGUCACCAAACGACCCUUAACGGCCGCCACCCUCUUUAAGAACUCCAUGAUCGCAUUGGUGGAGAACCUGGCUUGCAAGGAGCCUUACUACGUGCGCUGCAUCAAGCCCAACGAUGUCAAGUCGCCCCUGCUGUUCGAGCACGAGCGUUGUCGCCACCAGGUCGAGUACCUAGGCCUACUGGAGAACGUUCGUGUGCGCCGUGCCGGAUUCGCCAACCGCCAGGAGUACCCCCGCUUCCUCCAGAGGUACAAGAUGAUCUCAGAGUUCACGUGGCCCAAUCACGACCUCCCGUCGGACAAAGAGGCGGUAAAAAGGCUGGUGCAGGGCUGCGGCUUCGAGCAGGACGUGGCGUACGGCAAGACGAAGGUGUUCAUCCGCACGCCGCGCACCCUCUUCUGCCUGGAGGAGCAGAGGACCAAAAUGGUUGGGAAAAUCGUCCUCUUCCUUCAGAAGAUAUGGCGCGGUACCAUAGCCAGGAUGCGUUACCGGCGCAUGCGAGCCGCCCUCAUCAUCCUGCGGGCCUACCGGCGCUUCAAAGUCAAGUCUUACAUCAAAGACGUCAACCGCAAAUUCAAAAACGUGCGCUCCAUGAAGGACCACGGCAAGCACAUCAAGUGGCCCACGCCGCCCAAAGUACUGCGGAGGUUUGAAGAGGCGCUGCGGAGCUUCUACAACAGGUGGUGGGUAUGGAUGCUGAUCAAAGACCUGACUCCAGAGGAGAAGCUGCAGAUCAGGGCCAAGGGGGAUACCCUGGAGGCCCUCAAGGGCCAGAGACCUGACCUGGGGCUGCAGAGGACCUGGGAGGGCAACUACCUGAAGCGAGACAGUCCUGACACAGCGUCCUCCUUCACCUUGGUGUCCAGUGAGCUGCAGCGUAAGGACAAGUUCAUGAGAGUUCUCUUCUCCUGCAACGUGCGCAAGAUCAACCGUUUCCACAAGGCAGAGGACCGGGCCGUCCUCAUCACAGACCGCCACCUGUACAAGAUGGACCCCCUGAAGCAGUACAAGCCCAUGAAGAGCAUCCCCCUCUACAAUGUGACUGGGGUGAGUGUGUCCCCUGGUAAGGAUCAGCUGGUGGUGUUCCACACUAAGGACAGCCGGGACCUGGUGGUUUGUCUAAAGGGCAUGGUGCCUGCUGGGGACAGCCGCAUUGGCGAGCUGGUGGGCACCCUGCUCAGCCACUUCAACAGUGAGAAGAGGAAGCUGCAAGUGAAUAUCGCCAGUCCCAUCCAGUGCAGUAUGAACGGCAGGAAGUGCACCAUCAUUGUGGAGCCCAAAAUCAACCAAUCACAGCCAGACUUCACUAAGAGCCGCUCCGGUUACAUCCUGGCAGUUCCUGGAAACUAAAAGGGCCUCUCGGGGGCCACUUGGUCUGUGACAAUGACAAGUGUCAAAUGAAGACUACAUGAAUCAUAUAUCUGUUUGUAUAGAGCUGAUUUGUGAACUAGAUAGUAUGACAUGAUGCAUGGGAGGGUUGAACUAUCAGAAUGACAGCCAUGCCAAAUUUGUACCUUUUUGAAUGGGUAUUUAUUUUACACAACUCAAUGUUUUUCAAUAGGACAUGUAAGAUGUUUAAUACAUGCAAAAAAAAUGUGUUGUUUUGUUAGACAGACUCGCAAACAUGCACAACAAUAAUUCACCAAAGAGUCGAUUUUUUUCCCCUCACUUUUCAAUAUCAAGUUCACAUGUUUGACUGAACUGUCUUGUUGGGGCAUUAGUAAUUUUAUGUCACGCUAGCUUUGGUUUAUCAUGAUUAGAAUCAGAUUUCCGGCAUUUUGUUUGAGUAGAAUAUAAUGUAGGAAAUGUAUAUUCUCGCGGCUAUAUUUUCAUUAUUUAUUUUGAUCUAAAAUGGAGAUUUGAUGGAACAUUUUUAACACAACCCUUUGUUUUACACUAGAGACUCACAGCCAGUCCUACAUACACACAUCGGAACAAGAAUGGGAGGCAAUGUUGUCCCAUGUAUUUCAAUGACGGAACCGUGUCAGAGGCACAGAUAAGAAGUGUUUAGUUAGUUAGUCACAGGGUGUUGAGUGAGAUGUGUUGAGCAUAUCCUGAACCCGAACGUCACGACAUGCUCUGAGAGGAGCAUUAAAAUCUCUCUUAAUUUAAAACCUGUAAUCUGUUCUCUAUGCAUACUGUAUACUGUAUGUACGUUCAUAGUACUCUACAUGCUUUUAUUAUUAUGCAAAUUGUAUACUGGAUGUACAUUCAUAGUGCUCUACAUGCUUAUAUCAUUAUACAAAAUGUGCUUAUGAGUGGACUUUAACCGCCAGAUUGUGUUUAUUUCAUGGCAAUAGUUAUAGAUAUUGAUUUAUUGAUGGAUCGUAAAGUACUUCCUCCAUUAUAUCAACAUUUGAACACGUCUAUGCUAUAUGACCAUAGACGACACAGCCAGAUAUUGUAUGUUCUCCAUAGACAAGAGAAAUGAAGUCAACUCGGUACCUGAGCAGUAAAUCAGUAGUAUUGUUUUUCCUGUGUGACUGAGUAGGCCUGCCCACUGGGCACUCACUGGUUAAAUCAACGUUGUUUCCACAUCAUUUCAAUGAAAUUACGUUGAGCCAACUCUGAAUAGACGUUGAAUUGGAAUAGACUGUGAGUAUUGACUUAGACUGAGGUGACAGUGGAGGGAUAUUAUGAACACCGCCAUUUCCCAGGAUACUUGGCCUACUUCCACUAGUUCUAGUUCCAGUGUCAAAGUACUGCUGUAGAUAUCGCUCUGUCACUUGGCAUUCUUUUCAGAGUUAAAAAAGUUAUCUCCAAUCACUUUCAGAAUUGCUGCCAAGCGCUAACUGCUUUCAAUAUCGUCCGGAAAAAUCGGUAUCGUAAUUUGUUAAUUAGCGUCCCUCUCAACUGAAGAAAUCUUCCUUUACCUUGCAGCUAUGGCGUAUGAUGACCUUGUUCUGUUGCUUAAUAAGGCACUUUAGACCAGAAAAUGUCCCUGUAUUGGGGGAAAGUUGUAGGCUAUGUAUUGUGUUGUGGGUAUUAUCAGUGACGUCACAGUAGUAUCUCUAAUGGCAGGUGUUUAAUAUGUGGCUAGUCCUCAGGGCUGCCUGUAAGACUUGGUUAUUAUGAGAAGGCCAACCAUAGCUAUCCCCCCAUAUCCUCCAGUUAUACAAUACGUUUCCCUACAGGGCAUCUCUAUUCCGUUACUCAUCAUUACAAUGCUCUGAUUGUCUGUGACUGUGUGUCACAUCCCACUGAAAUAGGUUUCUCUCUCUCCUGUCUCCCAACAUGCCUGUCUUGUAGGGAAGGAUACUUUUGUCUGAGAACAAAAGCCCAGCCUGGCUGCCUCCUCUCCUCCCCUCUAUCCUCUCUCCUCUCUCUGUAUCGCGCUCUCUCUCUCUCCCCUCGCUCCAUCACAUCUUGGUGCUAUGCGCCCGGGUGGGUAGACUGUGCCACUGCAGAGCUGAGGAGGAGUUUAUUUUGAACUCCUCGAUUCAUUGUUUCUUUCUUAGCCGGAUAUCACUAAAGUGCCUUCAGAAAGGGAUCCCAGUCUAUGAUAUUUCAUUGAGUUUCUUCUGUUGGUAACCCUUUUGAUUACAAUUACAAUUGUAAAAUGUGUCCCCUAUUCCCAGCUUUUUAUGGUUAAAAUUGUUAAAAUUGUACUGCAAAGAUAUCAGAAAAUUGAGAAUUGGGGAAGAUUGAUAACAUUGUUGGAACCUAGGGGGGCGGUAACUUUCAGGGUUUCUGUAAUGAGUAUAUAUCUAUUCUAAUUUCCUUCAAUAUAUUCAAUACACCAAAUAUAUAGAUGAAUAUAUAGAUACAUUUGCUGAUCAAACUAUGUGCCUAAUUUUAUACUUUCCGUAUUUAUGUAAUAUAUCAAUUUUGAUAAUGAAUGAAAGAAAAAGUGUUUGGACCAAAUCUGAAGGGAACUAUGCAGUGAUAGUUAUUUGAUGAAUCAUUGUAUUAAUAAAUGUAGAUGCUCAAGUGGAAUGACUUGUUUCAAUACAGCAUUUGAUAUUGCUCACCUA